AGCUAGCUUCUUGUUUAGCUGCCUCCCAGUUGUCUUAUGUUCAUCAUCAUUCUUCUUUAAUAGAUGAAAAUGAAGCAAAUAGCUGCCUUCACUUUCGCUAGAAUCUGUGAUGCAUCCUUCUAUCUUAUUUUCUGCUUCCUGGGUCGCUUCUGGUUCUAUUCUUCCACUGCCCAAAAUGCUACUACGGACCCAACCGAAGUGGCUGCAUUGAACUCGAUGUUACUGCAAUGGGACGCGCCGGCGGGGACUCUGUGGAAUAUCAGUGGAGAGCCAUGCAGUGGAUUGGCGCUCGAUUCCUCCCAAUUUGAGGCAAACGGCCUCAACAACCCUGCCAUCAUAUGCGACUGUAGUUUCAACAGUAGCACCGUCUGCCAUAUCACUCACUUGAGAGUUUAUGCUCUGGACAAAACGGGGGUGCUACUAGAAGAGCUUGUGGCUUUGAAAUAUCUUACCUUUUUUAAAAUCGAUCAGAACUUUUUCACCGGUUCCUUACCAGCAUGGAUUGGCAAUAUGUCUGAGUUGAAUAUGUUGUCAAUUGCCCACAAUGCAUUCUUUGGUCCCAUACCAAAGGAGCUUGGGAACCUUAAGAAACUAAAUCUGCUGUCCUUUGGAAUAAACAAUUUCUCUGGGACACUGCCUCCAGAACUUGGUAAUUUAGAGAAUCUCGAAGAGCUUUACAUAAACAGCUGUGGACUUGGUGGUGAAAUUCCUAAAACAUUUGCUAAUCUUGAAAAAAUGCGAAUUCUAGGGGCAUCAGAUAGUCCUUUCUCAGGAAAGAUACCAGAUUUCAUAGGGAAUUGGACAAAGCUAACUUCCUUGAGAUUUCAAGGGAAUUCUUUUGAAGGCCCAAUACCAAGCAGUUUUUCUCAGUUGACCUCAAUGAAUUCUCUGCGAAUUAGUGAUAUCUACAAUGUGAGCUCCUCUCUUGACUUCAUAAGGAAUUUGAAGAACUUGACUGAUUUAUCCCUCCGAAAUGCACUAGUCACCGGACGCAUCCCAUCUGAUAUUAGAGAAUAUCAAAGUCUAAAUAUACUGGAUUUGGGUUUCAACAAUAUAUCAGGACAACUUCCAAGUGACUUGUUCAACAUGAGUUUACUCACGUCCUUAUUUCUUGGAAACAAUAGUUUGUCUGGAGUUUUGCCUAGCCAAAAGAGUGAUAUUCUUCAAACCAUAGAUUUAUCUUACAACUAUUUAUCAGGAAGUCUUCCCCCAUGGGUAACCACAAUAUCACAACUGAACUUGGUGGUCAACAACUUCACUUUUAACGAAAGUUCAGAAACAGCGCUUCCUGGAUUGAAUUGCCUUCAAAGAAAUUUUCCAUGCAAUAGAAAUCCUCCGCGCUAUGCAAACUUCUCAAUCAAGUGUGGAGGACCAGACAUGAGAGGAAGUGAUGGCAUCUUGUAUGAGGCAGAUAACUCAACUCUUGGCCCAGCAACAUAUAACGUAACUAGUACAGAGAAAUGGGCUGUUAGCAAUGUGGGAUUGUUUGCAGAGAAGAAGAAUCCAAGCUAUCUGCUAACCACCCUGGAUCAGGUCACUGGGUCUGAUGUGACCCCAGAGCUUUUCCAAACUUCAAGAUUGUCUCCAGGAUCACUAAGAUACUAUGGCUUGGGUCUUGAGAAUGGACCUUAUACUGUAAAGUUACAAUUUGCAGAAAUGGUGUUCGAUGAUCGUGCAUCAGAAACUUGGAAAAGUUUAGGGCGGCGAGUAUUUGAUAUCUAUAUUCAGGGCCAUCUAGAAGUGAAGGACUUUGACAUAUCCAAGGAGGCAGGUGGAGUUUUAAGAGUAGUUGUUAGAAACUUCAAUGUAAAUGUGUCGGAGAAUUACAUUGAAAUUCACUUGUUCUGGGCUGGUAAGGGGACCUGCUGCAUACCUAACCAAGGUGAUUAUGGUCCUCUGAUAGCCGCGGUGAAUGCUAUCCCAGAUUUUGAACCUUCUGUUUCUGGGAUUCCACCAAUUACUCGAGGAAAGAAGAGGAUGACAGGGGUGAUUGUUGGGGUUGCAGCCUCGGUUGGAGUUGUGAGCGUGCUACUAAUAUUUGUUGUUUUAUAUAUGAGGAGAAAAAUACCAGACAGGGAUGAUGAUGAAGAACUUCAAGGACUAGACCCUCGACCAAAUACUUUCAGUUACAGCGAGUUAAAAGCUGCAACUGGAGAUUUUAAUCUUUCAAAUAAACUAGGGGAGGGAGGCUAUGGCGCUGUUUACAAGGGCAUACUUUCCGAAGCAAGGUUAGUAGCUGUGAAGCAACUUUCCGUAGCAUCUCACCAAGGGAAGAGUCAAUUUGCAGCAGAAAUUGCUGCCAUAUCUGCUGUGCAACAUCGCAAUCUGGUGAAAUUGUACGGAUGCUGUAUUGAAGGAAACCAGAGAAUUGUGGUAUAUGAAUAUCUUGAAAACAAGAGCCUUGAUCAGGCACUAUUUGGAAAUGACUUGCAUCUUGACUGGCUUACCCGAUUCAAUAUCUUGUUGGGAACAGCCAGAGGACUGGCCUAUCUUCAUGAGGAGUCAAGGCCAAGGAUUGUACAUAGAGAUGUCAAAGCCAGUAAUAUUUUGCUUGAUGCAGAGCUCUGCCCAAAAAUAUCAGAUUUUGGACUGGCAAAACUUUUUGAUGAUAAGAAAACACACAUCAGCACCCGGGUUGCAGGGACAAUAGGCUAUCUGGCACCAGAGUAUGCAAUGCGGGGACAUCUAACUGAGAAGGCUGAUGUAUUCGGUUUUGGGGUUGUCAUUUUUGAGACUCUUAGUGGGAGACCGAACACUGACAAUUACUUGGACGCUGGAGAGAUUUAUCUCCUUGAUUGGGCAUGGACUCUGCAUGAAAAAAAUUGUGGUUUGGGGCUUAUGGAUCCAAGACUGACCGAGUUUGAUGAAGAUGAAGCAAAUAGAUUGAUAAGAGUAGCUCUCCUGUGUACUCAGGCAUCGCCAUUGGUGCGACCAUCUAUGUCUCGUGUGGUGGGCAUGCUUGCCGGAGAUAUUGAAGUAGGUACAGUAACGUCAAAGCCAAGUUAUCUGACAGACUGGGACUUCGAAGAUGUAACUGGUAGCUUCUUGAUUGAUGGUGAAACCCCCUCAACUGAUGAUAUAACUCUCCCCAAAAAUCAGCCUACUGGCAGCACAACCAGUCCUAGCACCGGAGUUGACCUGAUCCAGUCUCCAGUAAAUCCUAAUCAUCCAUUGCUCACUGGGAUGGCAGGAGAAGGAAGGUGAUGACAGUAUCUUAAUAGAAGAAAUCCAACGUUCUGUUACUUAUUCAACAGUUUCUAAUCCUGAAUGCACUGUGAUGUUUUAAAUUUACUAUUCUAAUGUAAGUUUGUUACCUUUGAAAACCUUGAAACUACACAUAUAGUUUGGAUAGUCAAGAUUACAUUAUUGUUUAUAAGUACACCUUGGUCUCAUACGUAAAUGGCUAAAAAUUGCGUUGUAUACAAGAAU